UCGCAUAUAUGUAGCUUAUUUUUUUUUUAAUAUCAAGAGUAUUUUACUAUUUAGCAAGAGUCGCAGUCCCUCACAGAACCGUAGUUUUGGUAUCGAUUCGUGAAGAAAGCAAAUAUGGCUUGGGAUUUGUUUUUAUGGAUUAUCUCCUUCUUCGUCAGCUUGGCUCUCGUCGCUUCCGUCUUCUAUCAGGUUAUCUGCUUAACGGAUUUAGAAGCUGAUUACUUGAACCCUUUUGAAACAAGUACCCGUAUCAACCGAUUAGUUAUACCUGAGUUUGUCCUCCAAGGUUCACUCUGCCUUCUCUUCCUCCUCACAUGGCAUUGGGUCUUUUUUCUGGUCGCCGUCCCUGUAACAGUCUAUCACGCAAUGUUAUUCAAUGAGCGACGUUAUCUCAUCGAUGUCACUGAAGUGUUCCGUGGUAUUAGCUUUGAAAAGAAGUUCCGGUUUACCAAGCUCGGGUUCUACGUCUUUCUCUUCAUCAUGGUUGUCUUUAGGCUCACUCUCUCGGCGGUCUAUAGCUUCACGGAAGACGAUGAUCUACUUCAUUUGUUUUGAUUCAUGCGCUCUGCGUUAACCCACUCUCAAUUUAAUUUCUGAGUGUGUUUUAGAAAAUUGUGACAGGUUUUAUUACAUCCCUGCUUAGAAUUAGCCAAUCAGGGAUUCAUGAUGUAGCUUUAUAUAAUGGAGGGUUUCAGCUUCUUUUUUUGCACAGUAUAGUGUUCAGUUUCAUAAUUGCUCAUAAAA